UAAGCAGGCGAGGGAAGCCACUCUGGCUGAGAGAGUCCCUCCACUCCAGCUGUCUGGUUUGUCCGUCCAAGACCUUCUGGUAUGUGCAGGUCACUGCCGGUCAAUCAUUCUACAGCUCUGUGCAAAGAUCUGCACCGAAAGAUCGAUGUGGUAGAUGAAGAGCGUUAUGACGUUGAUGCCAAAGUGGUCAAAAAUACUAAGGAGGUUGAAGAUCUUUCCAUGAACAUUAUUGAGCUGAAGGGUAACAUGAAGCGACCUGCUCUCAAGAGGGUGAAGAUCUCAGCUGACCCCAUGCUGGGAGCUCUGCUGGGCACUAAGGUCAAAGAAUCCAUGGACUUUAAGGCCAACCUGAAGACCGUGAAGAAAGAGGAGGAGAAGAAAGAUGAGGUCACUGACUGGCGUAAGAACGUGGAGGCCAUGUCUGGUAUGGAGGGCAGGAAGAAGCUGUUUGAUGCUGGACAGUAG